AUCAUUAUAUAAAAUUCAAAAUUCAAAAAAGAAACUAAAAAAAGAAGCUUCGUUGCAUCUUCUUCGAUUUGAAGAUCAACCUAGAAGAUCCUGGAGAUUCUGAUUCAUAUCUGAUUUGAUCUUGUUUUCCUAUAUAUGAGAUAUGGGUCAUCAUAUAAAAUCUCCAAAAGCAUCCACAACCCCUCAUUCCAAGUCUCCUAUUGUCGUUUCACUGUUGGGUCGUGUUUGGUUGGUUGAUUAUUAUUUUCAAUGGGUUGUGUGGCCAAAGAUGCACAGUUCCAUGUUCUAGCAGUUGAUGAUAGCUUGAUAGACCGAAAAUUGAUUGAGAGGCUCCUCAAAACAUCUUCUUAUCGAGUUACUGCUUUGGAUUCUGGAAAUAAGGCUUUGGAGUUUUUGGGUUUGCAAUAUGAUGAUGAACAGAGAGAUCCAACCUCUGUUAUCCCAAACAAUCAUACUCAAGAAGUGGAAAUAAGUUUGAUUAUUACAGAUUAUUGUAUGCCUGGAAUGACUGGCUAUGAUCUCCUAAGAAAGAUCAAGGAGUCUACAUCUAUGAGAGAUGUACCAGUUGUGAUCAUGUCUUCUGAGAAUGUCCCUUCAAGGAUUAACAGAUGCUUGGAAGGAGGGGCAGAAGAGUUCUUUUUGAAGCCAGUUCAAUUAUCAGAUGUGAAUAAGCUUAGACCUCAUCUCAUGAGGGAAAAGACUAAGGAACAACUACCAAACAAUGACAUGGAAGAUCUCAUUUCAAAUGAUAGAACAAGACACAAUGACUUGGAAAUGGCUUAACAACAUACACACACACACACAUAUAUAUGAAUGUAUAUAUAUAAUUUUCAUUAGUGCAAAAGAAGUUUCAAUAGCAUUUUUAAGAGAUUGUUAGACUCAUUGAGAGAUUAUUUGUUUGUAAAUUUACAAAAUAUAGAAUUCAUAUCAAUUUUGUUGGCUGAUAAAUUGCAUAUCAAUUUCCU